AUGCGAGCAACUUGCAUUGAGGUCCGCGAAGUUUCAAAACAGACUCGAGAGUGCGGUAAAUCUGCAGCACAUGAACUUCAGAUGCUGGGCUCUGGUGUGGCCUAUAAUGAGUUUGCUCAUUUGCUAGGACAGAUUGGCUCUGCUCUGGGUGACGAAUCAACUGAAAAUUCUGACGAUAAAAGCAAUUACAUUGAUUUUGAUAAUCUGGAUGAAGGCAUGGCUGGACUAGAUUUAAGUAUGGACAAUCUUCUACAGCAUAACUCAGUACUGGAAAUACCAUCUAAUGAAGUCAUAUCUCAAGAAAAGCAUGCGCAGUAUAUGGCUGGAGAACUGCAUCAGGAAAUUCAAGAAUAUACUCGAUUAAAUAAUUUUAAUAAGGAGCCAUCUCAAACUAUGCCGGCUGAUUUUCGAAAAGUUACAUUUUCAGAUAUGAUCCAAGAGCGUACAAUCAGCUCUACGGGAAACGAAACUGCAGACUGGAGUAGUAUUGAGUUUCAUAGAUCACUUGAUUCCAAAAUCAAUGUUUUGGACACGAACAUAUCACUCACUGAAGCUGAUUUACUUUUUGAUUCUCACACAGAAGCAGAAGAGACUGAAUUAAGCAAUGAGCUGACGAUUUCUAGCUCAAAUGUGCCUAGCGAUGCUGAUGCAACUGUAGCUACUGCAACUGAUGAACUUGAUCAAGCUGACAACCUGUCAUUUGAUAUUCCAGAUUUGGCAGACACUGGCUCAGAUGCCUCGGAUGCUUCAAUAUUGUUUCAACAUGACAAUUCUUCAUUUGGUUUGAACGAAAUUCAGCCAGCAUACAAUCUAUUUUCUGGAGCAUCCUCAUCUGUUGGCGAUCAACUCAAUCCCGAAGAUUCUUUUUGUCUACCAAUCAAAGCAUCAGAUAGUUCCUUUGCAUUACAAACACCGCGUAUCUCUGUGGUUUGCAAAGAUCCUUUUUAUUCAGAAGAAAUCACACCCAAACCAAAAAAAUUUGAAAUCAAGAGUCCAUUCAAGGAAUCAGUGCUGGGUGCAUUUCCUGGUCUUCGCGACGAGAGUGACACAUUUGAUGGUGGAGUGCCAAAUAUUUCUCAACUAAAUGGAUAUGUUCAAACUGACCAAGACAGGAAAAAUCAAGAACAGUUGGAAAAUAUGUUGGCAGAAUUAUCUGCACUUGAGCCUGUUAGUGGAGAUCAAGACAUUGGGUUUUCAAUCACCAUGGACAUAUACGGUACUACUGAUACAGAUGUGAAUUCAAGCCGUACCAAUGCCGAUAUUCAAAAUAUCUCAAUGGAUGAUCAUGAAAAUGAUGAAUUUGGUGGCAGUAAGGUUGUAGAUGACUUUUUUCAACUACAGCAAGAUGUUGAUGAAUUUAUGGAGUCUGCCAGCAACCUUGGAUUUGAUAUCCCAAAAAACAUACUAACGGAAAACUUUGGAUCUCCAGGUAAACUGUCUCUGUUGGAUGGAGACAAUAAUAGCACUCCGCAAUCACCACUGAGCGAUAAAUCUAUGCACGAUGAUGAAUAUAUAUUGAUGCAUCUUGAAUUCAAUGAAAAGGUGCAGCAGCAAAAAAACAAAAAAUGCCAGCCAGGCGAUCCAAUUUUGUCCAAUGAAACACAAACUGAUGAGACGUUUGCCACUCCUCAUACAGUACGAACUCUUUCAAGUGCAGAAGUAGAUUUGUUUUCGCCUGGGUCGUUUUUUGCCCAAAAAUCAGAAAGUUUAGGAUCGCUGGGUGGGAAAGUAUUUAAUGAAGAGCGACCCACUUGGUAUACUCCCCAACGAGAUAUAUUUGGCAAUGUGAUUGAUCUAAUCGGUCCUACUCCUGGUGAUCGCACAGAAAAGCACAAUCUAAUGGAUGUAACCCCUUCGGGAGUCCGUCGCGUUAGAGCACCACUUUACGAAUCGCCAUCUAAAUUUCUUGACAAAUCCAAACCUUUAGAAUAUAGCAAAGCACAAAAUACAACUGCUAUUGCUUCCCCACUGCCAGUUUUGACAGAGAAGGACACUAUGCAAAACACAACAUGUGAAUCUCAAAACAAUGCACACUGUUUUGCUUCUCCUGCUACAAAAAUCGUUUAUCACCAGGCAAAUCCGCCUUCCACAGUGCGUCGAAUUCCGACUAAAAACAGCUCAAACAUGUUGAAAGAUAUAAUAUCGAGUAAACUAUCUGCCACGACACCUCAAAAUCUUGACUGGGCCGCUUCCAAAUUGCCAGCCGAGCCAUCAUCUGUGCCUGUAAAUCGCAAAAUCUUCAACAUGACUAGUUAUUUGGCUAAUACAGAAAAUUCGGAUCAACUAUUACAAUCUACAGUGCCAUACCAACACUCUGUUGGUCAGAAAUCUCGCCAAUAUCAAUCAAAAGACAAUGUGAUAUCAUCUAAAUCUGUGGAUUUGAAUGUUAAAAGCCAUUUGAAUGCUCUGGAUAGUUCUAGUGACCCAUCGUAUGGUGGUUCGUCAGGCUGUUUAUCAAUAUCUCAUUUGACUGAUUGUUCUUCUUCUGUUCAAACCCCAAAAUUGCAUUUUAAAGAUGUGGCUGUUUCUAACGAGUCCAAAAAGCAUAUAUCAUCACAUGAAUCACAGAGUCCAUUGCGCUUGUCUGAUUGCGAUCCAUAUCAAUAUAUGCCAAACUCGGAUACAUGUGAUAACACCAACGAAACAUUAACAAGCAAGUAUCCUGUCAUUCAAAUUUUAUCUACUCGGAAAGCUCUUUCUGAAUCUAUUUCAUCAAAAGCCGAAUCAAAUAGUAUAGUACGGGUGAUAUUUGAACCAAAUCUUAGUAAAUCAGCAGCUCGAUCUGCCAUUGUACUGUCCAACAACACUGAUCGGUCUAUACUAUGGACGAUUGACAGUAUUGGUCCGGUCUUUAUGGAGCCUGUGCAUGUAAUCAGAGAUGAAAAUGGCGUAUCAUUGCAACGAAUGCCUAAACACAGUAUUUCGGAUGUCAUCUUCAGAUUCGUGCGUAUUUCUGGACAAUUGGGAAAAAAUCAAUCUACUCAAAUAGCGGUAACGUUUAAGCCACUUGUAAAUGGAGUAUACACACAGUCGUUUCAAUUAAAGUCAAACAGGCGCUGUUUUAUCAUCAAAGUUGAUGGAUGUUCUGUUUCAGAUACUAGUCAAAUACCUUUAAAUUGGCCAUUUUCUGAAAAUCCAGAAUCACCAGCUCAAUUUUUACCAGUUAAAUCCAAUGAACAUCGAUUGCAUUCUCGCAAAAGCAGUAGUGACUUGCCAGAAUCAAAACCGUAUCAUUUCAAACCCGAAUCUACCACAAUUAUCAGCACAGCUCAAAACAAUCAACAUGCACAUUCCUUGAUAAAAUCACAUUCUACCACAUUUCAAAGAAAAUCUAGAAACACUCCAGUAUCUGCUCAAAAAGUGCACCAGCUUGAAGUUGAAAAUUAUACAUCUGCUAAACAGUCUCCGCUAAAAGGUUUUGUGCAUUCUAGAUCUACUGAUUCCCAACAAGCGCUCCAGAUUGAUUCAACCUCUAUUGCUUGCUAUAGUCAUUCAAGAUCCCACGAGAUUGAAAAUAAAUCUGCAUCAAUCCGCUCGGGACAUGCGUAUAGUACUACACCACACAUCCAAACUGCUCAAACUCAGAAACUGAUUGGACAUCGACCCAAGAAUGAGGAGUCUUUGGGGCUGCCUUGGGUCGAUCCCAUCUCUGUAACCAACAAUGGCUGUUCUCUUGCAAGAGAUUCACUUAAUUUUGGCACAGUAAACUUGGGUCAUGUCAGCACACUUCAGUUGCGGAUAUGCAACGCAGCGGAUCAAGCAGUGCAAGUCCAAUUCAUCACAACCGGACCGUUUUCACUACCUACUAGAUAUCUCUCCAUUCAACCACGAUCGUUUGUUCCUAUCCCGAUUGCGUUUUAUCCUACACGGGCUGGAACGUUUCAAGAGCGACUCAUUAUCAAAAAAGGACUGCAUGUAAUCCGCGUUGAACUGUAUGGAACUGCACAGACAGUUUUGUCUGGUCGUGGAUUAAAAAAUCAAAAAAGUCCAAAGAGUACAAUGCUGCAGUGA